UUUCUUCGCCCUCGCCAUCGUUUGUAUCUUCAAUCUCCCAUCUCACCCUCAACACCAGGUUUGCUGUUCUCACACCACGCAACUUCUCGUCUCUAUUGUCUCAAUUGUUUCACUGUGUCUUAAUACUCGCUACAAUGGCUUCUCAAGUCAGCCCGUCGAAACAGACUGCAUCCUCGCUGGAAAACCUGAAAAUGAAUGACUCUCCUGCUAAGAAGCUCAACUUCGAGCCUACCGGCAAGGAAAAUGCUACGACGCCCGUCGCUCUCGUCCUUGACCCCAAGCUGCUUGAGAAGAAAGAGACUACGCCUCUGAGACCAGAGGAGACAGAGAAGAAAGCUCUGACUGGAAUGAAAGCGCUCGAGGCAGAGGAGCCAUUGCUCCAGGAGAACCCAAACAGAUUUGUUUUGUUUCCACUUAAAUAUCACGAGAUCUGGCAAAUGUAUAAGAAAGCGGAGGCGUCAUUCUGGACUGCAGAAGAAAUUGAUCUAUCAAAAGAUCUUCACGAUUGGAACAACAGAUUGAACGAUGAUGAGCGAUACUUUAUCUCCCAUGUCUUGGCAUUCUUCGCUGCCUCGGAUGGCAUUGUCAACGAGAACCUGGUCGAGCGUUUCAGCAGUGAAGUUCAGGUUCCUGAGGCUCGCUGCUUCUACGGCUUCCAGAUCAUGAUGGAGAAUAUUCAUUCCGAGACUUACUCUCUCCUAAUCGACACGUAUAUCAAAGAGCCAAAGCAGCGAACUUAUCUGUUCGAUGCCAUUGACACCAUUCCAUGCAUCCGCAAGAAGGCUGAUUGGGCCAUCCGGUGGAUCGAAGAUAAAGAAUCUAGCUUCGCGCAGCGCCUCGUCGCCUUCGCAGCUGUCGAAGGCAUCUUCUUUAGUGGAUCCUUUGCUUCUAUCUUCUGGCUCAAGAAACGGGGUCUCAUGCCUGGCCUUACCUUUUCUAACGAGCUUAUCUCUCGUGACGAGGGCUUACACACUGAUUUCGCCUGUCUUCUCUUCUCCCACCUCCGCCACCGCCCCAGCCCAGAGGCGGUUGAGAGGAUCAUCACGGAGGCCGUCACGAUAGAGCAGGAAUUCCUCUCAGAUGCGCUCCCAGUCGCGCUUCUCGGAAUGAACGCCAAGCUCAUGUGCCAAUACAUCGAGUUUGUCGCUGACCGCCUCCUCGUUGCAUUGGGCAACAAGAAAGUCUACAACUCCACCAACCCAUUUGACUUCAUGGACAACAUCUCGCUAGCUGGCAAGACCAACUUCUUUGAAAAGCGUGUUGGCGACUACCAAAAAGCCGGUGUCAUGGCAAGCACCAAGAAAGAAGCUGCUACUGAAGAAACGGAGAAGCAGAUCGAGAAUGGAGGUGCAUUCACCUUCGACGAAGACUUCUAAACUGUUUCGUGUCAUUGCUUUCUUGGGAUGGAUAGACUCCUCUCCAUCUUGUAUUUGACGUCUGUGACGCAUAUACCCCCCAUUCUACUUUCUUGUUUCGGACUUCAUACCCCCAGUCACAGUGUAUAUUUCUACACUUCAGAUACCCUCUAGUGGUUUCUGCCUCGGAUAACCUGUACUUCUAUGUGUGGCUCUUUUUGGUGCAUUGUACUCGCUUAUGUGUUUUUCUGUUAUCUUUUUUUCCCCUCUCACCUCGUAAUAUUGGCUCCAUGACUGCAUUUGAUGUUCCUUUUUCCUUCGUCCUCAUCGUUUUACCGGCUGGGUCUCAUGACAAAUUCUUACGUAUUGGGUUACGGCGUCUCCUACUAUUUAUUUAUAUUUUUACUCCUGUCCUUGCCCGUCUUAUGUUGUAUCUUGCAUUAUGUUUAUCCUCAAUUUCAAAAUGUGUCCCAGAAACAAGAAAAGCAAAGGGCAGGCGGAGAUGAGAAAUUUCUGUCUGCUCUUUUGCAUAAUCUAGUUUUUAGCAGCCAAAUAUAUAACGUCACUGAUGAAAAAGCCUUCCGCCCAUCCGAGUUAUACAGGUGCAAAUAUGGCUUGGGGUGGAACACAAGGAUGAGGCCACCGGAAUCAUGGCUCUUGACUCUGUCAUGUAUGUAUGAAUCAAUUUAACCAACCACAGCGCGGAUAAUUUAUGUCAGAUAUUUUCUAUAAACAAUAAACGAGGGAGAAAAAUACUCUUGAAGUAGCCAUCUAUUGUAUCCGGUCCCAUGUUUCGAGUCUCAUGAUCUCUCUCAAUAGAAAAUCCCAUAAUUAUGUACCUGAAAAUGAAAGGGGGAGGGGCAAUAAAUAAAUAAUAUCAAAAUAGCCUACUUCUUCCCCUUCCCUUUCUUCUUCGAUUUCCCCCCACCACCACUGCUAGAACCCUUUCCACCAGCACCAGCACCGGGUCCCGAUGUAGUCGCAGUCGCAGACGCAGGCGCAGUCGCAGCAUCUGUCAUCUCCGUAUCCCCAGCCAUACCGGUAUCUGCUGCUAUUGGCUCAACAACCGGCGCGCCGCUCGCCAAUUUGCCCAGGCCAGCAAUCAGCCGGCCGACUUCCGCGGCUUUGUUCGUGCGGUAUUUGAGGCAGAUGCCGCUGGUUGGAUGGAAGGUUUUGAGGGUUAUGGUUGCGGGGGUUGGUGUUUGUGUUUGUGUCUGUGAUUGUGAUUGAGUCUGUGUGGAUGGUGUCGAGGUACCUGUAGGGGCGGGUUUUGGUUUCGUGGAGGUGGGUUGGGAUGAUGAUUUUUUGGGGCGAGGGUAUGAGUAUUUUGUUGUUAUUCGGGUCUGAAGGGAUUAAAGAGAAGGAGGGCGGUGUUAGUGAUAUAUUUGUAUAUUUGCGCUUGGAUGCAUAAAUAACUAUUGAUCAGGGCUCUCACUCGACAUACCGUGUCUGGAUAAGCCUGGAGCAGGAGCGCUGACUGCUCUAGAUAUUCCUGUGAAGUGGAUAGGUACGGCAUUUUUGUGGUUUUCGCUUCCCUCUUCCACUCGCUCAGGAUCAAUACUGGCACCGAUUUCACCUCAGAGCUCAAACCGCUGAGCGUACUUCGGUCAAGGUGGUUGAUCUCCAACAGGAUGCGCCUGGGUUUAGCCGCCCGCUAUCUGCUUUCAAUUAUGCAGGGCGGUGUCGAGGUAUGAUUUCGUUAUACAUAUAUGCUCAAAGUAUUGAAGUAUUGGCCAGGUAUGUAAACCUCUGUUCAAGGUCCAAGGGUCUAUCGAGAGGGAUGAUACGCGGACUUUCG